AUUUAAAUCAAAUCGUUUCUUGUAGUGAACACGUUGAGUUGUAUGUAAAAGCAAAGUUUAAAAUGAAACUGAAUUUGUUAACCCUCUCUGUAGAUGGCAGAAGCACUCACAAAAGAAAUUGAUACUAUUUCUUCUCGACUGGUCUCCCUUCCUGAAAACAUGAGGCUGUUUUCGUUGAGCAUGAGGAGUCUCUUCACUGACCAAGCAAUUGGGGGACAAUCAAACACGGCAAGGAAAGUCAGGCUGUUACGCGAUCACACCCGAAAUGAUGCUGUUGCUUAUCUCAAGGGUGUGCUUCCAGUUGUUACGAGACGUGUAGCAGACAUUGGGGACUUUUUUGAAUAUUACGAGGCCUUAACCAUGGAUGAGUGGUGGGAGAGCAUUGAAGAUAUCACAGAAGAAGCAGAGGCUCACAAAGAGGCCUGCAAGGUGCUUGUCAAGAUCCACGAAGACAUGUUAACUUCAUUAAAGAAGCGAAAAGAUGAAGCCGGUGUACUUGUAAUUGAAUUGAGAGAUUUAGCUGCCGAGUAUGAAAGAAAAGUUCAAAAACUCCAAGAUUCUGCAAGUACUAAAAAUGAUUGGGCAAUCGGACUUGCAUUUGUACCAUUUGUCAAUGUUAUUGCUUCUCCAAUUUUGUUGGGCUCAGCCCAAAGCGAUUUAGCAGAAGCCACUGCGAAGAAAAAGGAAACUGAAAUCCAGUACGCCGUAAGCAGGGUUGUGACUGAUGUCUUGGUUCCAGCUCUUGGAAAUUUCAUUGAUGGUCUACAGCAUGUUGCUGGUUUCUUCGAAAUCCUCCAUCAAGAGCUGACAAGUUUUCAGCAGAAGGGAGAACGUGCUAAAGGAGCAGGAAGCCCAAAAGUGAUGCAUUACAAAACAAUGAGAUCAAAGGCCAAAGAAAUACGUAGUGGAUGCAGAGGAUUCUAUGCCGUUUUGCCAUCAGUUCGUUCUGAUUUUCAAGCCAUUCCAGACGAAGGCACAGAUCAGAAUUACGUAGACAGAUGGCUUGAAAAGCAAAAGAAAAUCAUCAAGGAAAGCUGUUCUGUCAAAUCUUUGGCAGCAAAAUUGAUUAAAGCUAUCACCUCAUCUGACAACAAGGCUGGCGAAUAGCAAGUGGUCCAAAGAAAAAGCAAGUAACAAAUUUCACUGACUGUUGAACGUUAUUUAAGCCCGAUUUCUACUUCUUGAUCUUCAACUUCCUUGAAUGAAUUUGAAAUGUCAAUUUGCUGAGAAUUCACGUGUAUUUUUUACAAUCUGUCUUAAUUUUUGCUUCGUCUUCGGGAAUAAUUUCACAGAUGUCCGAGAAAUAAUUUCCAAUUGUUUGAAACGUUUCACUAUUCUUGGGCAUACUUUUGAUUUGUUUGAUUAAUUCCAUUCUUAAAAACCCCACAUAGCUUUGAAGCCAAGAGAAGUUUGUCCCUUUGCACCCUUACCCCCUCUUUGCGGCCCUGGUUAUAAAUCACGGAGCUGGGCGACAGUUUCUCAAAAGGACAAUUUAUGAAAACAAAAACUUCCAAAUUUGUUAUUUUUAAUUGAUUCAAAUUGACCAGGAAUCAACUGUGGGAUUUUAGUCGCUAAAAUUGGGAUUUUGACGGGUAGAUAAUCUUUGCUAAAUUUUCAGACGAUUUUUAUGUAAUUUUUAAAAAUAUUCAAAAAUUAAAAAGUUCUGCAGUUCAGUUUUUCCGUUGAUCCAGAAGAAGAUUUUCAGGAACAUCACAGAAGAAGAUUGAUCCCAAGAAAUUUGACAAAAACAGAGACAAUUUUAGUCUGGGAGAUGCAUUUUUAGCCAACUCUAGAAGGCUUAAUUUAAAAAAAUUUCUUUCGCGUCGGACCCAACCAUGGUGGGUCCUCCUCUGUCACUAACUUGAUUCCCCCUCAGACUCAAUUUUGUGGCCCCCCGCCUCUGAAACUGCGAAGCACAAUGCUCCAGGAUCGUCUACAAAUCUCUUACGCUAAUUUCGAGCGAGAAAUACUUUUACAGAACUUAUUAUCUGUUAUCAAGAAGUGGGUCCAGUUGAAAGAACAGAAGAGUACGACUCAGUAUUUUUAAUAGACAGGGAAUUUUGCAUAAACACCUAGCAACCUACCUAACCCAAGUUUUUAAAGUUUAAAUCAUAAGAGUAAAGGCCAAAUGAUCAUUUCAAGCCUUGGGAACAUUCUGGCAAAUGACCGGAAGUUGCGUUUCCGAAAGCAUGAAAAACGCAAGGUCAGCAAAAUUUAGAAUUUCAAAUUUUUCAAAUCUGAUGACACCAUAAGAAAGAGCUUACAAAACUGAGCAAAAUUUAUUAAAAGGAUAAUGUGAUCGGACAUGUAAAAAAAGGUUAUGGCUUUUGAAACUUUUUCUGAAGUUUCAUUAUAGUACAGACGCAUGCAGAGCAGUAAAAUUGUGGAUGUUAUAAUAAUAGCAUGAAGUUUGGUACAAGUACACAAUCUGAUAUCCUGAGUAAGAUGAAGUACAUAUCAAGCUUCAAAAAUGCCCCUGAAAGCUAUUUUUAGACUGGGGUACUGGCACCCUGUCCUCUUUUAGGUAUAGCACUACAACGUUUUAACUUUGCAAGCUAUAAAACUGAAACAUUUUUUUUGACAUGCUGAAUAAAACGAGAUGCGAAAUCAACUUUAAAAUUUCACAAAAACAAUUUUUAGACUACUGUACUUGUACCCAGUCCUAUAUUGGGUCUUGCAUUUCUGCACCAUAACUUUGUAACUAUACAAGUUAUACGACUUUGACCUUGUUUCCCGGCGUAAUCCGAAGUGCUAGAUAAAAGGAAACGUAGAGCUAGGUUUAAAACUUCACCAAAGGCUUUUUUGGACUGAGGAACUUAUACCUAGUCCACUGUUGGCUAUCGCACUAAAACUUUAUGACUACUUUACUAAGUUGUACAACUGAAACUUUGUUUUCUGGCGUAAUCUGACGUGCUUAGUUAGAUAGAAGAGUAUAUGUCCAGUCUACGAAGCAAAGAAAUCAACUACCUAAGAACCUAUUAAAUAUAUUUCAUGAUAUAACUUGCUGUCCUAAAUACUUUAUGAGACCUUGUUCAUCGGUAGAUUACGACUUCUAGCAAAAUUAAGGUCGUUCAUGGACAAUGCUACAGCUAGUACAAUCUAUCGUUCUUUGAUUCUUCCAACAUUUACUUACUAUGGUAUAUUGCAACUGAAGCUCACAAAUACACAAAUAAGCAGACUUUCCUCAUUUCAUUCUCGUUUAUUGAAGAUAGUCUAUGUUGAUGAAACGGCAGACAAAGGGCUCAUGACAGUCAUAAAUGCGAAUAGAAAAGGAAACAAGAAGCAGCAAAUGCACUCUGCGAUUACCUAUUAUUAAAAAAGAAUAUGCACGAAAAUCGUUUCAAUAUAUGUGCUCUAAAGUGUACAAUGAGCUACCUUUAGACAUACUUCGGACAAGGACACACAUCAUAAAAAACUCAAAAAUCAUUUUGCAGGACAGUGACAAACAUUAUUUUAUUUCGAUGUGAAAUUAGGUUUUAUUAGGUAUUAUAGAUCCUAUUCUUGUAAGUUUUAUCAACGUUUUUAAUGUAGUAAAUUUUCUCUAAAUAUCAUUUGAGGUCUAGGGCAAAGGACACACAGUGAUAACAGCGAUGUUGUAAUUGUUGAAAUGUUUAUCCUGUAUAAAUAUACCCGUUGUAGUAAACCUAACCUAUAGUGAAUUUGAAACUUGAACUUGUCUAACAGUGUGUUGAAAUUAUUGUGUUCAUCGGAACAGCGAUCGAUGUUACACCAAAGUUCUCAUUGAACGACAAACGACAUGGAUCCAGAAAGAAGUGAUUUGCAUGUGCAUUGUUUCGUGAAUUCUGCUGCCUGACUAAUAUUUACAAAUUGCUUAAAAAACUGAAAAACUUUAUCAAGCUAUGCACAAAGGAAAGAAUGGAAAUGAUGACUAACAACAGUGAGAUUCAAGAUGUAAUUAGCAUAGAGUAUAAGGUAUAUAGAAUUACGUAAGCUUGUAGAAAACAAGCAAUGAAUGGUUGUAAACAAAUAAUGCAAGGGAAGAAAAUGAACAUAAGUGAAUUUAAUGGCCUAAAUUUAGACCCUACAAAAUGUACGCAAAUUUAUACAGGGCCCGGAUGCACUAGCAACCGAAAAGUGCCUAAAUAUUCGUAUACGGGUGUCAAGGCUUCAAUUUCGUUACAAGUGCGCCCGGGGCAACAGUGACUAAUAACAGCAAAGAGCAUUUUAAUGUAUCUCUAACAACUUGUUGUGAUACAAAUUGGGGAUGAAAAAUUUUUCAUUUAGGCCAAAUUUUAGCUAAUUUUUCAGUUGAGGCCAAAUCUUCUGAACUAUGCCUCGUAGGACGCGGCUUAUUAUAAUUUAUUAAAAUUUACACAUCGUCCGAGAAUGUAAAAUUUUGCAAGUACAAGUUUUGAUGCAGUUGUUUGUAAAAUGCGAAAACUGACUAAUAAGAUAUUAGUCGCCUUAUCAAUUACUGAAAACGAGCGGUUUAGAUCUAGGGCAGCUCUGUAGUCUUCAUGCAAAUUUUAUUAUAAGAAAAUGUUCAUAUUAUGGAAAAAUCAUGCACUUUGCAAUUAUAUUUGAGUAAAACUAGGGGGGGGGGUAUCUUAAAAGGUUUUGAGGUACAGGGGUGUGCCAUUAUUUAGGUGUACUUUUUUCUGAAAUAUGCAGAAUUGUCGAUAUCAGUUUUAUAAAAUGUGUUGAAUUAUGAAUAUGAAGAAACAUGCAAAAUUAUGUGCACAAUUUUGAAAAAAUCUGAUCACUAAUGGAUUUUCUACAAGUCAUUUUCUACAAGAAAAAAAAACUACAAAUGUUUUUCAAAAAAAAAGGAAUCGUAGGAAAUUGUCUAUUUCUUCACGAUAUUUGAAGAAUUCAUGACACAGCUAAAAAUUUCAUCGCUCUGAAUUAGAAUCAUUUUUGCAAUAUGCAGAUAGAAAGCCCGAGAUUUCCAUAGAUUAGAGAACGAUGCGCGGAGAAUCAAUUCGUUCAGUGAUGCUUACAAAGUUUGUAUUUGGCAUGGGCUUUUAAAACUCAUGGUCCUUGCAAGUUUGAGCCUUUCUGUUUUUGGUGCUGACAUGUCAGUAUGAAAUUUAUUAUUUGUCUGUUCUGUUUAUCAUGAUCAACUCUGUUAAGCAUCUAUGAUUUUGUUCAAGAGUUGGGGCUUAGUUGCACCUUUUCUUUGGCAUUGCCAUAGUAUAGCCAUAGUAUAGCAUUGCAGGUUGCUUCUCAAUGGUUUUUGGGGUUGACAGUAUUGCAGUAUUUGCCCUUUCCUUUGUCGUUAAUCUCUCUUUGAAUUGGGAGGUAUUCAGGUAAUGAAAAUCCCAGACAUUAUUCGAUACUUAACUGAAAUUAAUUUUGUUCAAACUGCUAUAUAUUUAAGAUUCUACCACAGUAGUAUCAAAAUAUUCUUGCGGAAUCACGGUAUUUUAACCACCCCCAACCUCUAAAGAUCCCUCUCAAUCAAAUGCACCCUUGAAACAAUAAUGUUGCUUAGUAGGAUAGGACUAUUUUAGUAAAGAUUAUGUCAAUUGAUAAAAUCAAACUUGACAACUGACAAUCCGUUUUGCAUUUUAUACUUUUCAUUUUGCAUUUUAUGGUGGAUACGAUUGUCACGUCUGUGUUUAUAUGUGACCUGACCUCUCUCAGGCCGAUGGUUGGAAAAGGGGGUUUCUCAAAGGUACCGUAUUAAAAAAGCUGGCCCCUAUCGAGUAGAGAUUAAAAUGUGUAAAGGUGGCGUGGCCCCUCUUAGGUAAAGGGUUAACAACAAAAAAGUGGACUCUCUCAGGUAGAUAGUUUUAAACCAAAAUCUCACUCUUUUAAGCGACAGAAUAAAACGUGGUUUGCAUCGUACUCGAGAAUAUGCUCAAUUGCUAGUGAGUCGUUUAUUGUCUUAAUCUUUUCUUGGCAUUACGUGUCCCACUGGAUGGCUGGCGUCGAAAAAGGGGAGAGAAGAGGGACUUUUGAUUCUUUGGUGGGAAAAGUGACUUUUCUUGUCCAUUUCCUCCCCAUUAUCAAUCGAAUUCGGGGGUUGUUGUGUAACUUUUCUUAGUAACCCCUUCCUAUUAGUUAUUUGUGGCAGGUUAAGCGACUUGCGCCAAUGAACCAACGUUCCUACUCGCUCUUAAUGAUGUGGGAAGGUACCCCUCUGACUUUUGCCUUUCAUUUUGCAUGGUAUUUCAUUCCCGAGUUAGAAAAUUAUUUUUUCUAUGGUCUCUGGAGGUCCUUUACUGCUUACAAGGGUGUACGAUGUAAUAACCGAGCUGUUAUUGUGAAAAAAAUGUUCAACUAUGGUCUGAAAAGCAUUGUCAUAGCAAAAAGCAAUGCCUUUUGUGUUGUUUCUUUUGUAAGAUAUUUCGAAGGACUUUAACUUUCUAUAAUAUAUUAUCUUGACAUUUUCACCCGUAGUGUUGGGUAAGAUCUAUACCACGGGAUGUUUAUCAUUUUCGCUUUAUUUCUUUUCUCAAAUUCUAGAACAAGGAUAAACCAUAAAAUGAAAAGGGUCUGCUAGCAGAGAGAGUAAAGAUUGAGCCUUAAUGGCCUAAACGGACAAUUUUUGUGCUCCAAAUAAAUCACAUUUUGAAAUAAAUUUACAAGCUAUGAAUAUACAAAUGAAACAACAUUCUUAUAUGUAAGAUAUUUUAUAUAUUGAUUGAUAAUAUUGAUAAAUUAAAUGUUCAGGCUUGAUCCGAACUAUGGAAAAUUUUCAGCUACGAAAACAGAUGAAAUUAAGGGUAUCAAUGAUUAAAAAAAGGAUAUACGGAAAAAUCUUUUGAUUGAUGGAUUUCCGAUUGUCUUUAAUAGUCAAUGAAAUCUGGAUAUUUCAAGAACAAAAAAAACCCAAAAUUUAAUUAUAUCACUUAAGUUUACAAAUCAUCCA